AUGUCACACCAGCCCAGAGAGCGGCUUCGACGCAGGAGUGCGCCGAGGUCUAGGAAUGGGUGCCCGACAUGCAAAGCUCGCCAUGUCAAAUGCGACGAGACCAGACCCGCCUGCCUCCGCUGCACGGAGUCGGGAAGAGUCUGCGACGGGUACCCCCAGCCGCAGGUUCGCCGCGGCGGCCUCAGCCAGACGAGCUUGGGCAUCCGCCAGUACGACCUGCCCUACAAAGUCGCCGGCAGCCAAGAAGACCGCCUGCUGCUGCACUACUUUUGCGCGAGCGCCGCGUCGGAGCUGUCCGGAUACCUCUCGUCUGAUUUCUGGACCCGGCUCGUCCUGCAGGUGGGCGAGCACGAGCAGGUCGUCCGCCAGGCCGUCGUGUCGCUGAGCUCCCUGCACCUGGAGCUGACCACGGCGCCGGCACGGCACGGCGACGAGGUCGGCCCCGUCCAGCCCGGCGGCCCCCAAAGUAUUAGCCACGGCACGGUGGUCCAGUACAACAAGGCCAUGCGCUCCCUGCGCAAGUACAUGAACGACCUCCCCGAGGACGGCAUGUCUCGGCACGACGCCGCGCUGCCGGUGCUGAUCUGCUCCGUCUUGUUCUACUGCUUCGAGAGCGCGAGGGGCGACAGCGCGGCCGCGCAGCAGCAUCUCGAGAGCGGACUGGCCAUCAUCAGAGGCGCCAUGUGCCGCAAGGACAUGCCUCGAAGCACGCCGGACAUUGAAGAGCUGUUGCAGAUCUUUCGCCGCCUAGAUCUGCAGGCGUCCAUGGCGGAUGACCAGCGCCUCCCCAUCUUGAUAAGCACGCCCUGUCCCCUAGACAUUUGUACGGUUGACCAGCUGGUCGGCGAUCUUCCCUUUACCAGUCUGCGGCAAGCGCAAGCCAUCCUCACCAAGCUCGAGUCUCGCGUCCUCGGCUUUUUGAUAAGCAACAACCAGUACAAGUUCUACGCUGCAGAAGAGCUCCCGCCGUGGCUCGUGGAGCAGAAGGCGCUUUACGCGGAGCAAUACGACAAGUGGUCGGUGUUUUUCGACGAAUUCACGGCGCAGCAAGUCCACCCAUCCACAUGCGCCAUGGCAGAGUUCCAGUCAGCGACCUUGAUGCUCCGCAUACACUACCGCAUCAUGCUUCUGCUACUGCAGUCGAGCUUCCCCAACGAUCUGUCAAUCUUUGCCCCGUCGCCUGCAGACCCGAGCAAGUCGGCAAUUGCCAAGGUCCUGGAAGACGCGAGAUCCAUCAUCGAGGCCAACGAUCGGCCAGAGGGAAAGCGCAUGUCAUUUUCUGCGGAGACAGGAGUCAUCGCACCCCUCUUCCUCAUCGCGAUGAAGAGCGGCGACCUGAACAUCAUCUGCCAGGCGCGACUCUUGCUGGCCAGUAGCAAGCGCCGCGAGGGCCCGUAUGACACAGAGAUGGCCGGCGAUAUCCUCGAGGGCAUGAUGGCCUUUUCCAACGACUUCCAGGGGCGUCCUCCCAGUGAUAUGAUGUAUGAAGACGGAUCUACCAUGCCUUUGGAGUACUCGGGUAUACACGUCCUCGACAGCUCUGUUGGUCUGGACGGCAUCGCCAGGUCAUUAGGGGCUAUGAGACAUGUUGCCUGA